AUGGUAAGAACACGAGGUUCAUCUUUUAGUUCUCGUGGAGAGAGUUCUAGAGGAGAAAGUUCUCGAGGAGAGAGUUCUGCACAGGGUGAAGGUAGGAGACGACCUACAGCUUCAGCUCGGAGAAGACGUGCAGCUCCAAUUCAGGAUGACCCUAUAGCCGAGGACCGAGCGUUUGAGGAGGAGGCAUAUCAGGCCUAUGAGGGUCCUGUUCACGAGGAGGCAUUUGAGGCUCCUCAUGACGAUAAUGAGGAGGAGGAACAUGUCGAUGUUCCUGACAUACAGGAGGAGGAUGUCGGUGGAUUUCCUGGAGGUCCAUGUGAUGCUUCAUUGCUGACACACUAUGUUCAGCAUGUUGCUUAUGGCAUUUCGCAGGGCCGGGAUCAAGGGGAGAUACUGAAGUUGAUCUCCCAUGGUAAAAAAAUUAAUAAGUUAGGACCGUGCGCCGAAGGAAUUCAACACAUUGUGUUGAAUUCCGCUUUGAUGCCUCUCACAGAUAUUUGCUAUGAUUACGUUGAUAAGGGCUUGUUGCUCGAUUUCAUAGAGAGAUGGCACUUUGAGACGAGUAGUUUCCAUCUCCUUGUAGGGGAGAUGUCGAUCACUCUUGACGAUGUCUCCACUUUACUUCACCUUCCGGUACUGGGACAAUUAUGUGAUUUGGAGGAGUUGGAGUUUGAGGAGGCUCGUACAACCCUUGUAGAACUGCUCGGCAUUGAUGGUGGCACAGCUAGUGCUGAGAUGGAGGAUGCACGUGGUCCGAAAGUCAGACUCAGCUGGCUAAGAGAGAUAUAUGUUCAGAGGUGUCAGUCGCAAUAG